AAAUCUAUUUGACGUCUUGCGCUGAAAGUUCGUAUUUCUUAAGGGCAAACUAGGGUAGUUAAUGUACAGCUAAGAAGAUGCUACCGCUGUAGCGGCUCAGGUUACUUUAAAGCAGGCUAGCCGCUUCUAGCAUGACUUUAAUAAAGGUGCUGCUGAGAGCUGAAGGCAGGUGCGUUACCAGCAGCUCCAUUGGGACACAGGUUUAACCGGGGGAUAAACAAAUCCCAGCAUGCUACCCGACAAGGACGGUCCGGAUGUUGGAGGGGGUCAGGGCUCCCCUGAAGGAGAGGACCCCUCAGUGGCUCUGUUCAGGGAAUACCUUCGUCUUAAAACCGUCCACCCAGAGCCUGACUAUGAUUCUGCUCUCAGUUUCUUGGACAGAAUAGCUGAGGAGCUACAGCUGCCCAUGAAAAAGAUUGAGGUCUGUCAGGGCAGAGUUGUGGUGAUCAUGACAUGGGAAGGAACCAAACCCACCCUAAAAUCCAUCUUACUGAACUCCCACACUGAUGUUGUUCCUGUUUAUCAGGAGCAUUGGAAAUAUGAUGCUUUCAGUGCUACCAAAGAUGCUGAGGGUAACAUUUAUGCUCGUGGAUCACAGGACAUGAAAUGUGUGACUAUACAGUACAUACAGGCUGUCAGAAGACUGAAGGCACAGGGAUGGAGACCCACACGCACUGUGCAUUUGAUGUUUGUUCCCGAUGAGGAAGUCGGAGGCCACAAGGGGAUGGAAACAUUUGUGACACAUCAAGAGUUUAAAAAAUUAAACAUUGGCUUUGCACUGGAUGAAGGUCUUGCCAAUCCUGGUGAGGCUUUCACUGUAUUUUAUGGAGAAAGGAAUCCUUGGUGGAUUACUGUCCGCUGUCCGGGAAGUCCUGGUCAUGGUUCAAGGUUUGUGGAAAAUACAGCUGCAGAAAAGCUGCGACAAGUCAUCAACUCUUUUCUGGACUUUAGAGAGAAGGAGAAAAACCGCUUAAACACCAGCGAGUGUUUCACCCUUGGAGACGUCACCACCGUGAAUUUGACCAUGCUCAGAGGAGGUGUGGCCUACAACGUCAUUCCGGCUGAAAUGGAUGCAAGCUUCGACUUAAGAAUCCCCCCCACAGUAAACCUCCAGGAGUUUGAAAAGCAGAUCAAGCAGUGGUGUAAGGAUGCAGGAGAUGAUGUCACCUAUGAGUUUGCUCAGAAACACAUGAACCAGAAUGUCACAUCCACAGCUGAGAGCGACCCCUGGUGGAGUGCCUUUAGCACUGCCUGCAAGUCAAUGAAUAUGACUUUGGAAAAGGAGAUAUUCCCAGCUGCCACUGACAGCCGUUUCAUCAGAGCGGUGGGUAUCCCUGCGAUCGGCUUUUCUCCGAUGAACAGGACCCCCAUUCUGCUGCAUGACCAUAACGAGUAUCUGAACGAGCAAGUCUUCCUGAAUGGCAUCCAUGUGUACGAGAGGCUCAUUCCAGCUCUGACAAGUGUCCCUGCCUUACCAAAUGAGGCUUAAAUCCUCACUGGAAUGAUUUUCUCCACUUUUAAGAACAUUUAACUUGAGAAAUGUAUAGAUUACCAAAGAAUAACACGUAUAUGAUUAAACCAAGCUGAGCACUUGACCUUUGAUGAUUCUCAGGUGGCAGGCAGCAGCCUGCAGUGAGUUUUGCAUUACAUCACAUUGCAACAAAUUCUGACAACGUAUUCACUGUAUUUAACAUCAGCUCCAUAUCAUCCUAAAGAAAAUAAAUCACCUACAUUGUUUUCACGUGUACAGUAAUUCAAUGAUUAUUAUCACACCUGUGUUUAAUUGUAAAUUAUGAUUCAAGAAAUAAAAUAUU